CUCGUAAUUCCCAUGUUCAUGUUUUUGCCCCAAGCCUCAAGUAUAUAAACUGCAAACACCCCACAACUUAGUGACACCAGAGAAAGAAAAAAAAAAGUUUAAGUCAAAAAAAUCAGUUAGAAGAAGAAGAAAAAAAUGGCAUCUCUAAUCACAAAGGAGAUCAGAGAGAGCGCGACCGAGUUCUACGAAGGGGACGAAAAGUGCCAAGAGAAAGCGAAAUUCCUGCUGACCGAAAUGAAGCUGCCCAACGGGCUGCUGCCCAUAAAGGACAUGGAGGAGUGCGGGUACGUGAAGGACACCGGGUUCGUGUGGCUCAAGUCCAAGAAGAGGACCGACCACAAGUUCGAGCAGAUCGGGCGGUCGGUCCAGUACGCGACCGAGGUCACGGCGAUCAUCGAACCGGGCAGGAUCAAGAAGCUGACCGGGGUCAAGGCGAAGGAGCUCAUGUUAUGGUUGACCAUAACUGAGAUCUCCACCGACGAUCCUCCCACCGGGAAGAUCCACUUCAAAAGCACCACCGGGUUGUCCCGGACUUUUCCUACCUCCGCCUUUGAACUGGGGGAGGAGAAUCCCCCGAAGAAGGAGGAGGAGAAGGAGAAGGAGGAGAAACCGGUCGUCAAUGGAGCGGGGGUAAAUUUGGAAGUCAAGGAAGUGUAACUUGAUCUCAUUCUAUUGUUACUACAAUUAAUACUUUAAUUUUCUUAUAUUUUAUAAGUUGGAAUAAUUUAUAUUUAUAAUAAUAAGUAUGUUGUACGACAUGGCUGGAGUUAAUUAUCUAGUUUAUACGUAUGUGAGUCCACAAGUUAUAUGCUUUGUGGUUAAGUUGCUUCUCAUAUAUGAAAUGGCUUGAAUUGGCUAUUUCUCUGUCUUUGCUUUUUUUUUUUAAUGGAAAGAACAUUUUUAAUUAGUUAUUAUGCAUGGUGUCCAUUUGGAAUUUAUUACUCCAUUAUAUGUUGGUAUUCUAGCCUCCUCUUACGUGAAAAGAAAAAAAAGAUUAGUAGCCUUG